CGUUUUUCCAUCGUGACCAGCGGAUGUCGCUGACCGAUUCUACAUCGGCUCAAGUCGCACAUGGCGCGACACGACGACGCGCUUGAGCCCAAUGGGCCUCAGCCCAUAGAAGAAGACGCUCCGAUCUCAGUUGAAGAAUCCCGAGCCACCCUCGCCUCCCACUACCAGCCGUAAAAGCUCGAGGUCUCAGCUAUAAUACCAGCACUCUCUCUUCAACUUUUACGUCGUGAAGUUGGCAUAGGACGGAACUGCCCAACUGGGAACGCACAGAAGGUGAUUCAUUUCACGAAGUGCUCGCAGACAGCAAAAGCAUGAGGUUUGGAGAUUCGUGGGAUGCCGGCCACCUCUUCCCUCCUCGGGAGCUGGUGCUCACGCGUACAGACACGGAGGAGUACGAAAUAUUGGCCGACCAGCUCGUAGCUGAGACCGUACAGGCCAGUGAGGACUUCAUCGCUGAUCGACGUGCCGUCGACCCGGAACGAUGGAAAGUCGUCAUGGAGAAAGGUAGUAUGACGGCGUACCGUUCCCGGUCACGCGGCCAUCGGCGUGCGCGCCGGGACCGUCUGGAGACGGAAGAAGCCGUCGAGUCGUCCUUUGUGCAUCGGCCGAAACUCUACUCGACCGACAGCUCGUUGAGCGACUUAAUGGGCCGUGGCCACACGCACCUGUCGUACGAGGACGACUCGUCUUCGCUCGGGGGCUCAGACUACUACGAGAACAGCAGAAUCGACGGCGAGUCGCCCGAACAGAGCGUACUGGGCAAGACACGUCCGCCUAACACGCCUAUGGUCUUUGGUGGCGGUGUUAUUCCAGGAACCGUAGACGACGCCGGCCUCGGCUUUCUAGCAGAUACUGAAGAGCGCAGCAUCAUGCGCGCAGCGACAAACAAGGACAUGAAUGUCAAGGACCUGCGCAUCUUGGCGCAGAUCCGCGGCCCUACACAGCAAGACCCGUACCGGUUUCUCGGUCUCAAAUGGACCUCCUACCGAGCAGCAGGUGGCGUGGCUAAGCCUCGAGAUGUGGUAGUGAUCGAGUCAACAGGCAUGACGACGGACUCGAACGGCGAACGUGUGUUCUACUUUUUGAACCAUUCAGUGGAGAUCGAGGAAGUCCCAGAGUUUAAGAAGCAAGGACUGGUACGUCUUCGCACGUCCAGCUGCCGUGUCGUGCGGGCGUACAACAGCCAGGGAGAAGUGGAGGUGUAUUUCCGCGGAUACUGCAACGCCGGCGGUCACUUUAGUACUGGAGCAUCGACACAACUGCUCUGUGACGGAUUACUCGAUACCGCGCAGGUGGUAGAGGAGUCGUAUCUGAAGAAACUGGCGUGGUUUGUCCACGCGUACGCUCGACGACAGAACAGCCACGGGGACGACGACCCGCAUGAAGGAUGCGCUUGCUGUCAUAAACUGCCUACGAAAGGAUUCAAGAAGCUGCUGGAGAGCAACACGACUUGCUUCUUGUGCAGGCGUAAGGUCUGCAAGAAAUGUACGGUCAAGAAGAACCUACCCAUCGACAUGGCCAGUAAGAAGAGUCUCGACUUCUGUUUAACUUGCUAUCUGAAAGCGAAGAAGCUGUCGGCGCUGAGAGUUGCAGUGGCAACGUUGCCAAAGUAGAUGUACCGACAAAAACAUUCUGGAUAGUCACUUAGUUUUAAAGCUCAACAAUAGCAAAAACGUAAUGCAACAACUUCAUGUUGAAGUGGGCUUGAAGCGUUUGAUAACCUCA